UCCUUAGCACAUAGAAUAGGAUAAAAACCAUCCGCAUCGAAGCCAGUUGGCAGCAAAGGUAAAGAAUACACGGCGGAGACGCGCUUAUAGAUCCCCAUUUUCGUUCUUUCUUCUCCUACCUCUCUGCAUUUCUCAUUUUUUGAUCUCUCUCUCUCUCUCCCUCUUCGAAAUGGCUAACGAUACGGCCACGACCACCACGAACUCCAGCCUCAACGACUGCAGAGAUCACGACGAAUCGAAUCCUCUCUUGAACAAGAGCCUCCAAGAACACGACAGCAAACCCACAAAGAUUUCCAACACCAAAGUCGCCGCAUCUCCUGUUCAAAAAUCCGCGGCGCUGGAAUUGGGCUUGCCUGAAUAUGGGUGGACAGCUAAUGGGUUGCCGUUGGGUAACGGUGGCGUUGUAGGUGAGCCAAUGGAUCGGGCUCAGUGGAACUCCAGUCUCUUCGCAUGUCUCGCUCGUAAUGAUGAAUUCUGUAGCAGCGAUCUUGAAGUUUGUCUUCUUGGCAGUGUUGCCCCUUGUGUGCUCUAUGGAAGCAAUGCUGAGAGACUUGGAUCUAGUCCUGGAACCUUUGCCAAUCAUUGCUUGCCCUACACUGGUCUAUACUUGAUUGGUAAUGCAUUUUUUGGUUGGAACUGCCUUGCACCAUGGUUCUCAUAUCCUAGCCGUACAGCUAUUCGUCGGAGGUUUAACCUGGAGGGUAGCUGUGAGACACUUAAUAAUUCAUGUGGUUGCUGCGGAAGCUGUGUGGAUGAUGAGCUGCAACGUGAGCAGUGUGAGUCAGCAUGUGAUUUUGCAACCCAUGUAUUCUGCCACCUAUGCGCCCUUUGCCAGGAAGGCCGUGAGAUCCGUCGCAGGGUGCCUCAUCCUGGGUUCAAUGCUCAAUCAGUCCUGGUAAUGAUCCCACCUGGGGAGCAGGCCAUGGCCCGUGAGGCUUGAAGGGACCUGCCUUUGCAUGUUAUAGAUUUUUGUUGAAGUUUGUUUCUUUUACCCUGUUAUGUUGUUUGACUAAAAGAAUGAAGAAUAUGUAAACUGUGAUAUUUGAUGCAAUUUACGUGGAUAUGUUGUUCUC